AUGGCUGUUCAAAACAACAACAACAUUCCGCCAGCUCCACCAUUUCAAGGUUUUGUUGUUUUCUUGCAGCAACAACAACAGUCCUGGUCCAAGAAAACGGCGCGCAGUGUUAACCGUGGUCGCACGCGUCAUCUUGGCCUUGGUGGUAUUUGUCGUGGUUGUGACCGUACUCGAGCUGGUGGUGUUCUUCGUCACAAUGGUCUUACUCGAGUUGGUGAUCGUGUUCGUGGUGGUUCUGGUGAGAUUGGUGGUGGUAAAAAAAUAUCCACUCGGCGUGCUACUCAUUAA